AAUAAAAAAAUUAUUGUUCUAACCUGCGUGCUUCCGUCCAAACCCACGGCCAAAACUCGCGCGUAUUUAUCACGUAACCAUACACAAUCAAUAUCCAUCGCCUCCUCUGCAACCUGCAACUAAACCCCUGAAUCUCUCUCUCCAGUUGUUGCUAAAAUGCGCAAUAUACCUAUAUACAAGUGACAAAUUUGGAUCUUCAAAAUAAAAAAGAAUGGCGAAUUGGAUCUCCUCGAAACUCAAAGUAGCUGAGACCUUUUUCGAACAGAUCGAUCAGCAAGCGGCAGAGUCGUUGAAAAAGAACGAGAGACUGUUGGGAUCUGGGGAUCAACAGUUCAAUGUUCCAACAAAAUCAGGAACAGGAGGAGGAGGAGGAGCUGGUGGAACGGUGCCGUUGAAGGAUCAGUUGAAGAAGAAAACAAGUAAUGAGGUUAACAAUAGUAAUAGCAAUGAAUAUUUAGGAAAAUUGAACGCUGAUCCUAAUAUUAACAAUGUGAGUGCUUAUAGUACUAUUACCAGCAAUCAUAAUGGAGGGGACAAGGAAAUUGCAAAUGUCGCAAAAAUUUCUCCUAAACCAAAGCCGACACUUACUGAUAGUGAUUGGACUGAGCUUCUUAGUACUCCUACUCAGGCAACACCUUCUUCUUCAUCGAAUCGUGGUAAUGGGGUUUCUGCAAUUCGAAGUUUGAAGAGGGAUGGGAGGAGACAGGGAAGUUCAGGCUCAAAUUUGUCAGUGUUAGAAGAGAAAAGGAAUUUGAAGAGUAGUGGUGGAGUUAAGUCUAAGAAGAAAUUGGAUAUUGCAUUGGGAAAUAAGUUAAAUGGAACACCGAAUGAUGAGGAAGAGUCAACUUCGUCAGCAAGAUCUUCAAGUGUUGAGUUGCAGAGUGAUGGUAAGAUUUUGGAUAGGGAAGAGGUGGGUCAUAAGGACACUGGUGUUAAUAUGAUGAGACAAAGCAACAAGGGAAAUGAAAAAAAUGGUUGCCUUUUUGAAUCCAAGCAUAUAUCUGAAGAGAAUCUUUUGCGAACAGGAAAUAGAAUUGCUACUUCAGAAAUGUCAUCAGUGUCGGAGAAAAUUGGUGGGGUAUCAGAGGUGAGGAAGGGAGCAGGCAAUGUUUAUGAUAGACUGAGAAGUACUGUAAAGGGGAAGCAUCAGUCUGGUGUUGCAUCUAGAAAUUCUGUCUCUGAUGAUUUGAAGAAAGGUUCUUCAACAAGUGGAGGGUCUGAUUCAGAGAGUGAUUCAGGUUCAUCAUCUGAUUCCGAGAGUGAACAAGAGAGGGAGAUGAGGGAAAAGAUUUUGGCAGAGAAAGCAGCAGCUAAAGCUGCAGAGGUCAUCAAAGAGAGGGAAAAUAUGGUAGCAAGAUUGGAAGGUGAGAAACAAAGCUUGGAGAAAAUACUAGAAGAACGAGCAAAACAACAAGCACAGGAGGCUUCAGAGCUUCAGACAACCAUGAUGGAAACAAUGGAGGCUGUUGAGUUGGAAAAGCAGAAACAUAAUAAUACGAGAAUGGAAGCCCUUCCUCGCUUGGCUAAACUGGAGACUGCAAAUGCUGAUCUUGCAAGAUCCUUUGCUACUGCACAGAAGAAUCUUGAAGUGGAGAUUAAUCGGGUUGCUGAACUUCGACAACAAUUUGAGCUGAAAGAAGUGUCUCAUGAAGAACUCAAGAGGAAGAUCUUGAAGGCUCACCAAACUGGGACAUAUCUAAACCAAGCAGCUGCUUCCAAGGGAGUUGAAUUUGAAAGGGAGAUACUUGAAGCAGAGUACUCCUUUUUGACUGAUAAAAUUGGAAGAUUGGAAGAUAAGGCAAAGAAGCUGGAAGCAAAUAUUGAAAUGACAAGAAAGGAUAUGGAGGAUCCAACAGAAGUAGAAAUUGAGCUUAAGCGAAGACUGGGACAGUUAACUGACCAUUUAAUUCAGAAACAAGCCCAGGUUGAGGCGCUCUCGUCAGAGAAGGCAACCCUUUUAUUCAGAAUUGAGGCAGUUUCAAACAUGCUUGAUGAAAAUAGGUCAAUUUCAAGGGAUCUGGAAUCGGGAAUGUUUCAGAUCCCUGAACCGAAGUUGAGGCCUCUAUUUGAGGAAAAAAUCCGUUCAGGAAGUAAACACUUGGGAUCAUUGCUUCUGCAGUUGGAUGCAAUUUUCACAGCCGGUGCAGUGUUUGUGAGGAGAAAUCCAGCUGCAAAAUUGUGGGCAUUGGUUUAUCUUGUAUGCCUGCACUUCUGGGUCUUCUACGUUCUAUUUUCACAUUCACAAGUGUCAAGUGAGGGAAGAUCUGGUGCUGCGAUUUCCUUGGAAAACAUCAACAAAACUGGUGUAUAAAUUGUAAUUUUACUUUUUUCUUUAAUUUUUUUUUUGUCCUAAUUUCUUUUUGCCCCAGCUUUUAAGAUGUGGGUGUAAUUUGUGCAGUUCCCCCCUAACUCUGAAUAAUACAGGAUUGUAACUAUCUGAUUUUACAUGUUAGUGAAAGCGAGAUAUAUAAUCAAUUCAAAAUUAUUUAUUA